CUACUAAUAGCCGGAGCGUACGUACACCAGUGUAUACACACUAAGCAAUUGUCAGCAUCCGCAUCCCACGGGUAACCACUAAACGCUAUAGGGGAUCAAGGAAGAAGCCAAGGAAUAUGGAUCCUCACGUCAGCCCACGGAGCUCGCGGUCUACAAGAGUAUUAUGUUAGGCAAGUACCCUCCUGCAGACUGGAUAUUAGGUAGACUUCCUCCUCUUCCGUCCAUACCGAGUACAACCACCUCCAUCCCGUCAACGACCAAUCUAGUUCCUGGCAUCCUUGAUAGAGCUAAUACAACCAUGGCCCCAUUCACAAAAUUCUGGCUUUUCGCACUCAAGGACGGAGUAACCUCUACCUCGCAGCCCUUCACGCAGCUCCUCGCUGAAAUUGUCGAGUUCUGCGCAUCAUAUACGAACCCGGGUCCCGGAUCGCCGCAAAUGCAUGCCUUCUACAAAGCAUCCAACGCCCCAUCCGACAUCCUCCUAAUAACGGGUUUUCCGUCACAGGAGCUCAAUGACGAGGCCCACGAAGUAUUUGUCGAGAAAUUUUUCGCCCGCAUGUUUGAGCUCGUUGAGCAUCGCUCGAUGAAACAGGUUGAGGUGGAUGUGAAGGAGUUUCCGCUGGAUCAGGAGAGGCUUGCGGUUGUUACUUCGGGGGAGAGAAUUGCAGGGUUGAAGGGCAAGGGGGGAUGGGACGUGUUGCAAAGGGCUGACGACAAGCCGACCGCGGAGGAGGUAUGGGUACAUGUUUUGCCUUGGGAUGAGGAGGUUGAGAAUAGCAGCGUGGGAGCUGGGGAUAUACUGUACUUGGAAAAGAUUGUGGGCCGGUAGAUAUCACUUUCAUAGUAAAUAGACCCAGGCCU